CACCUAUACACCUAUAUAUACAACUUGUUUACCAGUUUACCGCCACAGUUUAAACACAAACACUAACGAACGCGAGAAAAAAAACGAUUCUUUCAAUUCGAACGAAAUUCUAAGUGAGCAAAAAUGAGUCUGGUUCCGUACAACCGAUAUUCCUGGGACGAUGAUUUCUUCAGGUCUCAGCGUGCCUUGGAAAGGAAGCUCUUCGACGAUUAUCUGCCGCCUUUUGAUCUGGAUAUGUGGAGCGACAAAUGGUGGUGGAACAGUCGCAUUGGGGAUCAAAUCAAGCACGUCAAUAACUUCAUGAACAGCUCUUUGAUUGGUACUCAUGAACUUGGAUCGUCAACUCUCAGGUAG